AUGGAGCUGAUAGAAGUCGCCGAGCAGAGGAACUCAGACCAGUACCCUCCCGAGGGCAGCCCCAAGAGUGAUGAGCCGAUGCCUUCCGUGGAGCGUUCCGCUCCCGGAAUAGCAGAGGCCACGCUCGAGGGCGAUGAACCGAUGCCUUCCGUGGAGCGUUCCGCUCCCGGAAUAGCGGAGGUAGAGCCUGCGGUCGGUCCAGGUCUGAGCGCCCCAGGGGCAGCAGCCCAAGAAGCAGCACUGAAGGAAGAGCAAGCUGCGCCAGGGGAAAGCGCCUCUACGUCCGCCGAGGCGCGUUUCGCGCCCGGCGAAGGCGAAACACAGGCGAUCUGGGGCCCAAAGGUUGAAGAAGGAGGUCCCUUGCAGCCUCUUGUGGACGCCGCCCAGGCGUUGGGGGAGGUGGCUCUUGCAGAGCCGGAGGCCAUCGCGCUGAAGGUCGACCCGGACACGUUGACGGCGGAAAUCGGUAAGAUGUCGUUGGAAGAUGAAGACCCGGAUUGGUCUGGCGACGAGGCCGAAAUUCCGGUAGCAACUGCCUUGCCGGGAGAGGCUGCGUCCAGCUCCACCAAACAAGAGGAGGGCAGGGGAACCAAGAAGGAACUCGAGCUCGACGAGACGGAGGAACCCCCACGCCGCCGCAAAGUGGUGUUGGCUACCGGCCAGUUGUCGCUUCUCCGGGCCCUGGCCGCUGCCAACGCGUCCAACUGGUCCGGGGUUCAGCGUGCUCUCAGAGAAGCCCACGGGUCGGGCGAGGAGAAGAGCGAGCUUGUGGAGAACCUUACGUCCCUGGCGCAAGCGUUCUCCAAGAACCGCGACGCCUGUGCGCAGGCGGCAACCUCGAGGGCGGCAGCCCUCGCAGAGCUCGAGGGCGCAGAAGCCGCCUACUUCGCGGCGCUCCCCCCGGCCUUGGCAGAACUGGAGCGCAAAAACCCAGUGAGGCCCAGCAUGGAUAAAAGCCUCGGGUGGAUCAACCACGCACGCUUCCGGCAGGACAAGGAAGCCGCCGGAGUGUGGGUGGCACGCAGAAAGGAGAAAUCCCGCUUGCGAGCUGCUGCACACCGAGCGGCUCAGCAGUCUGCUGAAGGCGUCGGCGCAGGGGCGCAAGACCCGGUCCGCGACCAGGCGGACGCAGCCAGCCACCUCAACUUUCAAAUGAACGAGGCGGCAAGGGACAACCUGCGGCGCUUCCAGGCUGAGCUGCGAGCUGGGGAGCCAGACGCCCCGAUGCGAGCCGCAGUAGCUCAGAAGCGCAAGCCUGAGUCCGAGCGUAGGCGACGCAUCAAAUGGGCUAGGUUCUGCGAAAAGCAAGGGAAAACCAGGAAGUAUGACCCCACGGAAAGCGAGCAGAACCACCCCUACGCUCACUCGGGUUCACCCCGCCUCAGGAAGGCCAUGCCGUGGCCCGCUUCGGGCCCGGCAGGUGCCCCACGGAGGACGGGCUGGAGCACCGGGGGAUUCCUGGCCCUUUGGGGGAUGGUCACUACCUACAGCAUACAGCCAGCGAAUGCACUGCCGAGACCCACCAGCCUUCCACUCGGGAUUAAAGCACCGUGGCCUGCUUCAGGCCCGGGCAUGGCCAGAGGAGGAAUCGGACUGGGGCUUGGGAUGAUGCUAGGUUGGAAGCUCGACAGAGGGCGCCAGAACCGGGCGAGGAAGAGCCGGGCGUACCGACCCCGACUGGGCUGCUCCCCGUUUGAGCUCCGGGCUACCCGCCUGCCAACGCCGGGGAACACUCCCGGGUCCUUGGUGGCCUCACCGUCCUCGCUUCGCUCGUACUACAGGGGUGCGACCGACCAGCUGAAGAAACCGGGCGACUUGGCCACCUUGCGGGACCACCGCUGUUGGGAGUUUCUGCUCUUGUUGCGUUGCUCAUCACCUGGCCGGGUCCGCCGUGGCGCGCUCCGCGCCCGGCAGCCACCCCCUCGUGGCCCCGAGCGGGAAUUCCCCCGCAGAAACGAAGCGGAAAUUCUCCGAAGAAGGGCCGGAACCAGGGGUGGUCCCCGCGCGCCGCUGGGCGCAAGAAAGACUGCAGUUUCACCAUCCACCCAGCGGUUGUAUGACGGCCAUUGGCGCUGGUGGGAGCUAUACACCAGACGUCGGGGCGUUUCAGCACUCCGCUCCGUGGAUCGUUUCGAUCCCGGAGAAGAGUCUUUGUUCCUCGACUAUCUGGUGUACCUAUUUGUGGGCCAAGGGCUAGCAGCAGCCACAGCACAAGCCCGCCUGGGAGCGAUUCGAAGCGUACACCUACAGCUCGGUUUCCCAGACCCACUGAAGCCACUUCCUCGUUUACAACUCGCACUCGAGGGAAUCAGAAGGAGGAAGGGACCCAUCGCCAAGCGGCGUCCGGUUACGCCGCACAUGUUGGCAAGGGCCCAAGCGGCGCUGCCACAAGGGCUGUGGGGAAGGCGGCUCAACUGUGCUUUGCAACUCGGUUUCUUUUUUCUCCUGCGAGUUUCGGAACUGGUCGGUGGCAAUAACCCAAAGCUUGGGCUCCGUUUCAAAGAUGUCAAGCUGUAUAGCCGUGGCGAGUUCCUCGCCCGGCCGCCCUUCAGCGGGGCAGAUGAGGUGCAGAUCGUUGUGAGAGCCUCAAAGACGGAUCCCGAAGGGGAAUCCGCCACGAGGAACUUGUUUCGCAGCGAUGCAGCCGUCCGCCCUGUGUUGGCGACCAUAGAGUUUCUGGAACUCAAAUGGUCAGAAGCCACACCGCAUCCGGAGGAAAGAUUCUUUGGAGAUCUUACAAGGCAGGACAUCCAGACGGCACUGCAAACUGCGUCCGCCAACACCGCUGCCUGCAUGGCCCGCGCAGACAUGACGCCGGUCAAAGGGGGGGAAGGUUGCACAAACGUGCAAAAGACCAAGGACUUCGUGCUUCGCGCGCAAAAAGAGUUCUGA